ACAGGAGGAAGGGGGCUGGCCUGCUUGGGAUGGGAGGGGGAGAUGGAUUUUCCACUCAUGGAAGGGGAGGAAAGGGCAGAGGGUGGGGGCUUCCUUGGGAAGCUCAGGGAUGAGUCACCCAGGGCCAGGGGAGUGGAGGGUGGAUAGGAUAUGGAGACCAGGGGCGCUGGGGACUGGAGGGUGGCCCAGCAACAAUGGAAACCAGCCAAUGCAGCAGCAAGAGGAAUCGGCUCAGACACCAGGAAGACACAUCCAGAGGUCCCCUGAGAAGUGUUAGCAAACCUCCGAGGGGCUGUGCGUGGAGAAGCCCCGGUGCGCAUGCUCUGUCCUGAUGGAGACUUUCAGAAGCUGAGGAGCUGGGAAGCUCAGACAUCAUCUUGCCUGAGUCGGGGACCAGUGACUUGAAGUGCAAACUCUUUCUUGGCAGGUCUCUCUGGAGCAGGAUGGCCCAGGAGCUCAGCGAGAAGGAGCUCCUGAAGAUGGAGGUAGAACAGCUGAGGAAGGAAGUCAAGAACCCAAGGAGCCCGAUUUCCAAGACGGGAAAGGAAAUCAAGGAUUACGUGGAAGCUGAAGCAGGAAACGACCCUCUCCUCAAAGGCAUCCCUGAGGACAAGAAUCCCUUCAAGGAGAAAGGCGGCUGCACCCUAAGCUGAGGGCUCUGGAGGCCGCCCCCACCCCGACCGUCUGUCCCUCCUCAACCCCACUCUUCCCCAGGAACCCAGGGCUCCAGGGGCGGGGGGACACUCUCCACCCUCUCUCGGCCACAGCAGGAGGAGACCCCCAGCCCGUCACUGGGAAGCCGUUCCCCACUCCUGCCCUUAGCUCUCCACCACCACCCCUGGGUCACUGCGGGCUCCCCUUGGAGGCCCUUGAUGACCGCUGCUCUGGCUCAGCAGCCGUGGCACAUUCCAUGGUGGGGUCCGAAGAGCCCGCCACGCCCUGGGACCCCAGACAGCAUCCUUAGAGACGUUGACCCCUCCCUACGGCCCUCCCAGUCUUUCCCUCCACUCUCUUCCUAGGAACCAGCAUUCCUAUUCAUAGCCGUUUGCGUGGAGGGCCAGAGUGGGGGAGGCCCUUCUUCCCCAUCUUAUGUCUGACCCUGUGGUCCUCCUCCUAGUCACUUAGAUCGCCCCAGAGGGCUGAGGACAAAAAGAGUUUGUGACGUCAUGAGGUCACGCUCUAUUUGAUGUUGUGGGGUGUCUGUUCCGUGCUGGGCACUGGGGAGGGCAGAGUAGCAGCGCUGACACAGCGGGAACAGAGUUGGCAGUGAGGUCAGUAAGCGCUUCUGUGCAGAAAGGACCACCAGUGGCGUGGGCCACACGGCAGACAGACACCCAGGGCCAUGGGCAAGGUCCCAGGAAACUGUUGCAGGCCAGUGGGCCGUGGGGAGAAAUGGGGCACACGGAGGCCCAAGAGGGAGAUGCGCAAAGCCUUAAAGGACCCCCGUGAACUCAGUUAAGAACUGUGUUCUCCACCCGCCGUGACAGGCAUGAAGCAGCCAAGGGACAGGAUUUGAUGAGCAGGAGGGAGGCUGGCUCCUGGCUAAGGAGGACACGGAUUCCUGGGCCUUGUCAGCAAGGAGAUUAUAGUCUUAUGGAACCACAGAAGGCAAGCCGAGAACAGGGCAUAAGCUGACACCCCGUAACCCCGGUCGCCCCUCCCCCAGGUGGGAUCUGUGUGACAAUCCCGCCGCCCUAAAGCAAAGGGAAGGAAAAACAAAUGGUUACCUUCUUAGAGAUCACAGCCCUGCAAGACAGGAGUCUCCCUUGGUUUACAAAUGUCAGCAAUUUACUGGGGGUGGGUGGGGGGGUGGGGGGGGAGCAUUCUUACCAAAAACCUAACUUCCAGAAGGAAACUCCAACUGUCUUACUGUCAGUGCUUUCCUAGAGG